AUGUCGUCUUCUCCAUCUGUGAGAAAAGCGCUUGCUGGACUACUAAGGGAUCCAAAGAAUAAUACUUGUGCUGAUUGUAAAGCGCAGUCGCACCCUCGUUGGGCUUCAUGGUCACUUGGAGUUUUCAUCUGUAUCAAAUGUGCCGGCAUUCAUCGGUCUCUUGGUACCCACAUCUCUAAGGUGAAAUCUGUGGACCUCGAUAUUUGGAAGGAGGAGCAUUUGGUCACAUUGGUGAGGUUUAAGAAUAACGAGAGCGCUAACGGCUACUAUGAAGCUCGAUUGCCUGAGUUAAGCAGGAAAUCAAUCACAGAUGGCAAUAAAUUACAGCUUUUCAUUAAAAACAAAUACGAGGAUAAAAAAUGGAUAGGUGAUGAAGAGCCCUCGAUGGAUAGCAAUAAUAACAUUUCGCCCGUAUCAAGUCGCAGCUCUACCAUUACCAAUAGUAAGGAGAGUCUAGUUUCAACGGAGCCACCAUCAGAGAAAAAUUCAAGCAGCAACGUUAUGAGCAGUACACACAGUAGUUUGCUGAAUUUACAACUAUCAUCCGUACCUCGAAGAAACGAAGAGACAAGAAGGAAUGGACUCUCGGGCAGACCAGAUUUAAAGAAAUCAAUCCUGUCACUAUAUUCCAAGCCAUCGAACACACCCACUCAAAACUCGUUAUCAGCGGUAUCACUACCUACCAGCACGAAAGAUGAAUCACCGAGCAAAAACGUCUCGGUAAACUCCCUCGACGAUAACGAACUAUUCAAGAACGUUUGGUCCACGUAA